CACCGGACUCCCCGGUCGUCUGCUGCGUGACGUACCAACUUCAGUUGGGCACAACGCUUACUACACUCACCCACAAACAUUCGAGCCGCCGACAGCCUCGACCUGGACGGUGACAUUGCGCUACGGUUGAUUUGAGGGAGAAACGAUACCGAUUCAAGGGAAAAUUCACAGUUUCGAGAGUCUGCCAGUUCGGUGGCCGAGCGGCGCGCAGUCUGGCCACGAAUUUUGACGGGGGUGCGAGUGUAAUAUCGGGCGAUUAUACGGCUUAGAAUCGUGGAUAAUAUAACGAAAGAAGUGAAUAGAGUACAGUGAGUGAAGAGGUGAACGGAUGAAAAACGUGUCUUGCGUAAAGCCUAUUGGCGUUUAAAACUAGUGUGAUAACGUUUUGGAUACGCAUUAUAAGGAAUAAAAAAUUUCGAAUCCGGCAAAAGGGAGGAGUUGACGAUAAAGAUGAUGAUAAAUGUCAUGCAAGGAGCAACGCGACGAUAUUAAGUGUCGAACCACUGCGUGGUGUGCAGCAGGUAAAAAAGUUCGGGUUCGUUUUUUCAACCGCGAUACUGCAGCCCUUUUUUUUUGAAUAAAUUUUGAUUAAAUUGGGGUGAAUUUAACGGACAAAUGUAGCAGCUGGGCGUCUCUGCAGCAUACUUGCAUAUUCACGACACUCCAGGCAUUUGCAUUUGCAUUUGGUAACACUUCGGGCCGAGUGAUUGAAUCGAAUUUUGGUAUUUCUGUGCGGUGUUUACAAGUGACGCAAACCAACGACCGAUUUGUUUCAAAAUAUUUUUUCGUCUUGGUUCAACGAGUGGUGACCGCCUUCCACUUGUGACCUACUCAGGUUCGCCGCUUGGUCAUCGAUGGUAUAAUGAGAACAUAAUGAAUAUCCCCAUAGUAUCUGGAGACAUCGACGACGAUGGUUACAAGCCCAAGUUCAUCCGGGGCUCCGACCCAAGAGUGGCUACCUGCCGGGGCAAGCUGCAGAACAGAAGAAGCAAACUCAACCAGGAAAUCAACAAGGAACUCCGGCUACGGGCAGGCGCUGAGAAUCUCUUCAAGGCCACGACGAACAGAAAACUGAAGGAGACGGUCGCCCUGGAAUUGAGUUUCGUGAAUUCGAAUCUGCAGCUGCUCAAGGAACAGCUGGCUGAAUUGAACAGCUCGGUGGAACUUUAUCAGAAUGCCGACAGCGAGGAACCUGUAAUGCCCAUGAUACCGUUGGGCCUGAAGGAGACCAAAGAUAUUGACUUUCGAGAGCCGUUUAAAGAUUUUAUUUUAGAGCACUACAGUGAGGAUGGCAGCCAUUACGAAGAAGCGAUUGCAGACCUCAUGGAUACUAGACAGGCCAUGAGGACGCCGACUCGCGACACGCCAGGAAUAGCGUUGCUUCUCCGCUACUAUAACCAGCUUUACUUCAUCGAGAGAAGAUUUUUUCCACCGGAUCGAAGCUUGGGAAUAUAUUUCGAAUGGUUCGACUCUUUGACGGGAGUUCCUAGCUGUCAGCGAACAGUGGCGUUCGAAAAAGCUUCGGUUCUCUUCAACGCUGGUGCUCUUUAUACGCAGCUGGGUGCCAGACAGGACAGACGAACAGCUCGGGGACUCGACCAGGCGGUCGACUCCUUCCUCCGAGCCGCUGGUACCUUUAGGUACAUCCACGAAAACUUUACCAACGCUCCGAGCAUGGAUUUGGGUCCAGAGAUGCUGGAGAUGCUCGUUCAGUUGAUGCUGGCUCAAGCGAGGGAAUGUCUUUUUGAAAAAUUGGAAUUGCAGUCAAGAGAUAGCAGGGAUAUCGAUAUAUCUUUGGACCUUGCUCAAGAGGCUGCGCAGGUAGCAGCGGUUUACGCAGAUGUUCAUUCCCUCAUUUCGCGUGAACCGGUACGCGACUACGUCCCCGAGUCAUGGGUAUCGUUGAUUCUUGUCAAACGUGAACACCACUUAGCGAUGGCUCACAAGCAUUGUGCCGUUGGGCUUCUGGAGCGACCAGUCUCCGAAAUGCGUGUAGAGACGAGGCUCGUCCUCGAGCACAUUCAGGAAAGUGAUGGUAAAACUCAGAUAGACACAACUGUGCCGAAGGACGAACAGGAACGCAAGCUUUUGAGUAGAGCACAUUUGAGAGAGGCUCAAAUACUUCACGAAGAGAGUCAAAGGCUGCAACGAAUGUGCCGCGAAUUGAAGGGCAAACAAGCGUUGGCGAGGGUUUUGAAGAGGGCGCAGGACGCCACCUUCGAAGAAUACAAUCGGGUUGGCGACGAGGAUGAUUUCCGGGAACUCCUCGAUCCUCCUCACAUUCUAGCAUCCACAAAGUUUCAGUUGAGUCUGACCCAUCCAGACUUCGGUCAGCACGGUGUCGACGAUUUAUUCAGAUCCCUUGGUCCUGUUGCAAUAUUUUCCGCAAAGAGACACUGGACGGCGCCAAGAUUGGUUCAGCUUCAGAGAGGUCCUGGGGGCGAAGGAUUCGGUUUCAGCGUUCGCGGUGACGCUCCAGUUAUCGUGGCUGCGGUCGAUCACAACUCCUUGGCCGACUUGGGUGGAAUGAAAGAAGGUGACUUCAUCGUUAGUAUCGGAGACAAGGACGUCAAAUGGGCUUCUCAUGAUCAAGUUGUGCGUCUGAUAAAGCAAUGUGGGGAUUCCAUCAGUUUGAAACUUGUCACUCCGAUGGAUAGAAAUUAUCUGAAAAAACCAGUGAAAUCGAACCGUCACGACAAAGGUAGCGUCUCCGCCAGCAGUUCGUCGGGUGUUUCUUCAGGACAACCGAGUCCUGCAGGAUCAGUAACGACUGCUCACGUCGCUAGGAGGCUCCCUUGGAAUCCUUUCAAAAAAUCUGGCAGUCAACGGGACAGCAGAGACCUCACAUUUGACAAUGUCAUACUGAGAUGAUCUUACAUCACUCUACAAAAUUGUCUGACGAAUUUAGAGAAUCAGAUUUGCGAGACGCCACUCUGCAGAAGCUUCUAUUUAUACACUGCAAGUGAGUAGAUCUGAUCAUAUAAGGGUAUACCGAAUUCUUCGCCGUCAUUUAUUGCCCGCCCCUGCUUUGCUCUGCAAUUAUUGCAGCUUCGCUGAUGAAUAGCGUCGUAGACGAGUUUUCGCUCUCGUGAUAAGAUUAAUUGACAGACUUUUCUUGGCAAUCGCACGCUUUUAUUUUCUUAAAUAAUUUGUUUAUCUACAUACGAGUAAUAUGGUGAAAUUAGGAUUUCUUUUUUCUGUAUUUGAAAAAAAAGACAAAAUUAAUGAAGAAAACUUAUGUAAUUAAUCUUAAAAAUAAAAAAAAAAAAAAAAAAAAAAAACUAAAUCGCGCAGACGGUGUGGGCCAAUUUUUUUUCAUACUAUUGAUCGGGAAAAUCACAAUCUUGUCGGAGGAAAAGAUUCAUUUAACUUUUUCUCAAUAUAUAUAAAUGGUUAUCGCGAUGAAUAACUAUUGUAUUACAGAUUUGUAUAAAAUCAUUAAUUGUAUGAUAAGAAUCGUAUGUCAUAAAGAUGCUUAUACCAUAAGUAUCUUGAGAAGCUCAUCAUAGAAGUAAAAAAAUGUUUAAUAAUAAUUUAUACAUUACAAUGUAAAGCAAUUUGCAUAACAUAUAUGAACAGUGUAAUAUAGCGUUAGAGUAAUGUUUAUAUAUAUUUGCCAUACAAAUUUCAUGGGGUGAUAAGAAUCUCUAACUAUGGAAGGGACGUUGUAGUUAGUUAGACAUUGUUAUUAUAACGUGAGACUGCAUCCACACCUUUCUCGUCAAAUCGAGAUCAAAUGGCCAAGGUCGUUGAAUGCAUACAUAAAUAUAAUAACACCAAACUGGGAUCCUAAACCGAGAAAGAGUUGAGUAUAAUGUUUAUAAGUUCAAAUUUCUCUACUUCCUCAAAACUUAUUACAGGUUUUUCGCCAAAUCUACCGGACUUUGGAGUGAACGUUUUUGAAUAUUCCCUGCCACAAGUCGUACUUGGUAUUUGUCAUUAUCUGACCUAACUGUUUUGGUCACGUUUUUUCAUUGUUUCGAUAACCCGGAGAUUUCGAACCACUAAAUGCCCCUUCCAGACAUCAAAUAUUAUAAACAAUUAAGGAUUGUACAAUUUAAUUAAUCGUCUAGUACAGUUCGCAAUGUACAUACUUGAAUAUAUUAUAUCAUAAUUUGUAGUUAUAUACCGUCUACAUUAGGUGUUAUAUAUACCGAUUGUAUUUCAGGAAUCCGUUGCAGGUAACAGGAUGGUCUGAGGACUUUGUGGUUGUAAAAUGUUUAUGAUAAUUUUUCAGACUAUCCUGUACGGUAACAAGAUAAUAUAAAUAUCUUUCGUUGUAUACUGUUAUUGAUUAUUGAGCGAUAAAGAAUAUAUUAAAGGCAUAUCAAAUUCA